AUGAACAUCGUGUUCGUCUGCACGAGCAAUACGUGCCGCUCGCCGGUCUCGGAGCACUUUGCCGUCGAGUACUUUCGGCGCAAGCUCAGCAUGUCGCGCGAACAGCAGGAGGAAAAGGGGAUUGUCAUCCGCUCGGCCGCGUUAACGGACGUGUUUGACCCCGAGGGCUCUCCGGCAUCUCAACACGCAGUGGACGUGAUGAAAAAGUACGGUCUCAAUCUGUCCAGCCACAGCUCGAAGCUCCUGACCGAGACCAUGUGUCUCGAGGCCGACUAUGUCGUGUGCGUCGCGAGUGGCCUCGUGGCGAAAGUCGCGGAAAAGUUCCCGCACAUCAAGGAACGAGACGGUGUCUUGAGUGCCUUCACGUGGGACGUACCGGAUCCGUGGCACAUGUCCUACGGCACCUACAUGGAGAACGUGGCACAGGUAGAGGAGAUGACACGGGACUUUCUGGACAAGCACGUGACGUGGUGA